AUGAUAUUGGGCUCUAGUCAAUCGAUUAUCGAUAAAGUUACAAAUUCUAUAUUUGUCAAACGGCCACACGAAAUUGUCAAGAACAAACUCAUCUCCACUGUCAAUGAAAGGAUGGUCAAGUUUAAAGGGGCUGCUUGUCGAUAUUUCGUCAAAUGUAGUGAAUAUAAUACACCAACAAGUAUAACCGAAGAAUACAAGGAAGGAGAUCAAAAUUGGAUUCAAUGUAAGCAUUGUAAGAUGGAAUUUGCCAGUCAAUCUUUGAACGAUUGGAUGAUUUAUAAUGAAAAUUUCUGGAUAGACCAAAGGAAAGAUACCAAAGAUAAAGGAAUACCUUACCUCGUCAAUGGAUGUAAUUCUUUAAGCUACGUUUGCCACUGA